AACUGAUUGCUUUUUUUUUUUCUGAUUGCCUCAUCAACUGACCAGCUAAUGGAAAUCUACAAAAAUAUCAUCUAACACUACAUUAACUGUGAGUUGGAACAUUUUUAUAUCAGAGAGCUGAACGAAUCUACAGUGGCAUAAAUGAUGAGUGGCGCUAAGAUGAUGUCUUUCCAAAAAAAAAAAAAUAAUUUUACUAGGGUUAAAAAUUCAUAAGUACAGUUUCAUUUUUACGUAUCAUUCUUUAUUUAUUUAACUUCCAAAAAAUAUGUUUUUACAGUAGGCUCCUAGUUAUAAAAUCUAACCAAUCCAGCACCAAGCCUUUUAGAAGACUUAGUGUUGGAAGAAAAUGAUCUACCUUUUCAACAUGAGAUUUAAGAAGGAUAAUUUGUUUCAAAAUGUGGCUGAUAAAUCACUCCUCUUAAACUGAUGUGUAGAUUUCUUCCCAAUGUGACCAUGAGAUUUACGCACCGUAGUAUUAAACUUAACAUCCAGCUCUCUUCAUAUUUAAUUGUCCAUUGAAUAGUUCCCAGAGUUUCUCACACAAGUCAUACAAUUAUUAACUGUUAACUACAUACAGGUCUUUUUUGAAAGAGAUGUACCCCAGAAAUGAUUGCACACACGAAACACACCAAAAAAAAAAUAAUUGCACACCAAAUCAAUAAAUAAUUCUAAGUAAAUCCAAUCGGUCACCGACUCAUUGUUACAUCUCACUUGGAAUGGGUUGGUUUUUUUUUAAACACUAGAGAACUGUUGAGGCGUGAGCACAGGCCAUGGCUUGAAAGUCAUGAAAGCAAACUUUUAUAACAUUACUGAAGCUCCUCUGUUGUUACAACUCAGUAGUACAGGCAAUGGCUUACAAGUCAUGCAGGCUUACUUGUAUAGCAUUACUGAAGCUCCUCUGUUGUUACAACUCAGUAGUACAGGCAAUGGCUUACAAGUCAUGCAGGCUUACUUGUAUAGCAUUACUGAAGCUCCUCUGUUGUUACAACUCAGUAGUACAGGCAAUGGCUUACAAGUCAUGCAGGCUUACUUGUAUAGCAUUACUGAAGCUCCUCUGUUGUUACAACUCAGUAGUACAGGCAAUGGCUUACAAGUCAUGCAGGCUUACUUGUAUAUCACUACUGUAGCUCCUCUGUUAUUACAACUCAGUAGUACAGGCAAUGGCUUACAAGUCAUGAAGGCUUACUUGUAUAGCAUUACUGAAGCUCCUCUGUUGUUACACCUGAGUGAUACAAUACUGGGACUUACAAACAGCUUCACUCAGAACAAAAAUGAGAUGAAUCAUGAUGCACAAUGGAGAUGAUUCAAUGUAGAAAAAAAUGUUCAUUAUUGGCUUGUCCUGACGCUUUUAUUUUCUUUGAUCUUGUUUUGGAAACCAGGCGUGCAAAUCAGUUUCACAGAAAGCGCCUGCGCUGAGAAGACGGACGGAUGUUUCGAUGUUCCCACAGUUCGUGUUUAAACACAACAUGCCUACAAAAAUUGGGGUAAAACUAGAAUAAAUAUCAGAAAUGCCUCACCAGAGUCAAGGAGGUUAACAUUCACUGGGCCACUUGUCUGUGCACGAUUAAAUUUAAAUUCUUGGCCGCCGGACAGCCUUGAAAUUUAAUGACCAGUUUAUUAAAAUCACAGACAAAGAGCUUGGGUCGACAUGAUGGCUUUUGAAACUCCUGAGCUUAAAUUAAUACUUGAAGUGUGCAGACUGCAGCGGUUUGUUCAUAAAACCAUUGUCUAAAAAAAAAAAAAAAAACGCAUCUAGACAC